UACACUGGUAGGGUGUGCAGUUUUUCGCAGAAGAUUAUUGCGUCAGUUAUAUUCUAAUUAUUAUGUUACAACAGUCGCAACUAACAUAUAGACUGCAGGAUUUGCUAUAAUCAAUAAUGGAUAAGUUGUUAUUGGCAGAUCAUCAACCUACCAUGUAUAAGUGGACUGUAAUAUUAUUUACAUUGGCAACACUGCCAUAUUCAAAUAUGGAGUAUAUUCCACCAGGGCCAGCAUAUGUUUGUCCAAAAAACACUGAUAAACUUCUCAUUCACCCAUGUGUAUGUGAGAAGGGAUCAGAUGCAGGACUCUAUGUCAGAUGUGAAAACACAGGACUGGCAAUAAUGAGCGUUGGCUUGGGGAAUUUAGCAGGAUUGGGGUUGCCAGUUGAAAAAUUAGAGAUAAGAGAAGGCAGAUUUUCUCAUAUGCAUGGUGCACUACUCCAUCGGUCUACAAUAAGGGUGUUGCAUAUUAUAGACACACCCAUUCGCACUAUCGACGUGUAUGCGUUUGCAGGUGUGAACAGAACCUUACAGGAGCUAAGAUUCUUUAAUACGGACAUGUAUGAGUUUCCUAAAGAGGCUUUUAAGAUUCUUGGCAAUUUGUCGAUUCUGUCUUUAGAUGGCCAUAAGAUGACAAAAUUGGAUAAAGACAUAUUUGCCGGUAGCCAAGCUGUAGGUAAAUUGGAGAAACUUCAUAUUGUCAAUGGAAUGAUAUCAGAUAUACCCAUUGAGUCGUUUCAGCAUUUGAAAAAGCUCAAAACAUUGGAUUUACACGGAAAUAAGUUGUCGACAUUAAAAAGAAAUCAAUUUAAAGGACUACGUGAUACAGAAGUAUUAGAUUUAAGUUUCAACAUGAUAACGAAAUUGGACGGUAGCCAUAUAGGUGAUUUAACUAAACUAGGUUGGUGUAAUGCUAGCCACAAUCAAAUUGGAGAAAUAGCAAGGGGAAUGUUUGCAAGAAACACAGUUAUAAAAGUCGUACAUCUGGAUAAUAAUAGAAUAAAGAAAUUGGACACCAACAGCUUCAGGGGAAUGAGAUUUUUAAGACGUCUAUUUCUGAACGACAAUCAGAUAUCUGACGUGGGUCGAGGUACAUUUACAUCCGUCACUAGAAUAGGUACGGUGGACUUGGCCAGGAACAAGAUCACUAAAGUUGACUACCAGAUGUUCCAAGCUGUCAAAUACGCUGAGCUCAUUAAUUUGGCUGAGAACAAUAUAAAACAUAUAGAGUCUCAAGCAUUCACUGAUUUGUAUUUAGCCGUUGUGAAUAUAUCACACAACGCGCUAUCGAGAAUCGAACCUGGUGCCUUCCAGAACUGCAAUAACAUGACCUUAUUGGAUCUGAGUUAUAACAAUUUGACAGACAUCAAUAAGAAGGCGUUCGAUGAAAACAGUUACGCAUCGGAAUUGCAAGUGUCCUACAAUGGUUUCACUGAUUUCUCACAGAUACCCAUACAUAACAUGACUGGUUUAAGAGUACUGAACGCUUCUCACAAUAAGAUAGAAACAAUACAGAGGAAUGCGUUUCCCAAACUGUACGAGUUGCAUACAGUGGACUUGUCAUAUAACAACUUGUCUGAUAUCUACAAUGCUGUUUUCCAAAAUUUGUUCUCUUUGAGAUUCUUGAACUUAAGUCACAACAGUAUGGAGCACAUAAAGCCAUCAACAUUCGGCACUAUUCCUACUGUGUUGGAGUUGGAUUUGUCAUACAACUCGUUGCGCGACGUGUCUAGAGCCGGGUUGGCUAAAUUGGCCAGCUGUAGAGUACUGGACAUCAGCCAUAACCACCUCGACAGGAUAUUUCAGAUACCCAUCAGUUUAGGAGAGCUCAAUUUCGCUUACAACAGUUUAUCAGAGAUUAAAGCUAACACGUGGCCUACUAUGAACGCGUUGCUUAGACUCAACUUGUCGCAUAACAACUUGGCCGAUAACUUACAUAGUGGCAGUUUUAGUUCACUGUUGACAUUGCAAGCUCUAGAUAUAUCAAGUAAUGAAGUUACCAAGCCGCCAUGGGAAGCUCUCAACACGUUGAGCAGUUUGCAAUAUUUAUAUUUGCAGGAUAACAAUCUCACUUCUUUAUCGAAGUCUGCCUUCGGCAACCUUCCUACUAUAUUCAAGUUGGAUUUGUCGCACAACAUGUUGUCUUCUAUCGCCCCGUUUUCAUUCACCGGUAUGCAACAGUUGUUGGAUUUAUCGCUCAGUGGGAACAUGUUGAAAUAUAUUCCUAAUGAAGCUUUCAAGGGAUUGGUCGCUUUGAGAAAACUGGAUCUAUCCCACAAUCUGUUGGAGAAGAUAGACAAUAAAACCAAUGGGUUAUUAGACGAUUGUUUGUCUUUAGAAAUGGUGAAUUUGAGCUAUAACCAUUUCGGUUUCCUAACAAAGAAAAUGUUUCCUUCGAACCCUUGGAUACCUUACAAUCUUAAAGAAGUGGACUUGAGUCACAAUGAGAUACCGGUGGUCACGCUUGAUCUGACUGUUGGCACCAAGAAGCUGAAGAGGCUCGAUCUGUCCGGCAAUAUUAUUAAUGAUAUUAGGAGCUAUGUUUUAGGAAACUUGACUUCGUUGGAGAUUUUAGAUUUGUCCAAUAACAAUUUGAAGGACCUAGUUUCAAGGACUUCGGAGGCAAAAUUCUCUUUACCGGAGAAUUUAACAGAAUUUUAUCUUCAAAAUAAUGCACUGGAAUCUCUACCCAGUGACGUCAUCGCUGGCAGUGAACACCUGCAGCUGCUGGACGUUAGAGAAAACAAAUUGAACUCCUUAGAACCACUUGUUAUAGCAAAGAUUAAAACUGGUCUCACUCUUAAAUAUCAAGGAAACGACUUGAAUUGUAAUUGUUUCGUGCGAUCAUUAAAACAUUACUUACAUAGAUUGUUGCCUUCUACUUUGCCAUCCACUCCAUACAAUUUAACUUGCACUGAACCACCGGGUUUACAAGGCGAGACAAUAUUGACAGUGGACGAAGAGAGAUUGUUGUGUAGCGGGAAUGUUGCCAUAGAUGAAAAGAAACUGAAUUAUGGCAAUACUGAAGGGGAGAUCGUUUAUGAGUUCGAGACUGAACCGGAUUUGGUGUUUAGAGAUAUACAGUAUUCACAAGAAGCUAUUUACGUUCAUUGGUACGUAUCAAGUAUAGAUGAUAUUGGCGAUUUCUAUCUCUACGUCAGAGACAAUAAAAAUAACUUGCUAUUCAGUAAUGAUAUAUCAUACAACCUCCGAUCAAAGACAAUAGUCAUGGACGAGGACUUUAAAAACUCCUUGAAGAGCGGUGGACAUUUUGACGUGUGCAUUCAAGCAAAAACAUCAAGCAAUCUCCCGCGCAGGUGGUUUGACAGCCAGUGUCAGAAGGUGCCGUCGGAUUUUGACAGCUGGCCGAAGAAACUGAACAUAGACAAGAGGAGGUUGACCAAAAAGAAGGUCAGGAUGCCACGUUCAGAAAAACCCCGUUCUAUCGGGGCCCACACUGAAGAAAAUAUGAGAGAUGCUUUGCAGGCAAUACAAAGAGGCGAUAUUCAUCAUCCAAAACAAAGAAAAGUGAUAAAGAAGGUGUUACAAAGUGACUCUGAAGAUCAGAGUGAAGAAGAUCAAAACAUUAAUGUAGAAUACCAGGAAUCAGAUGAAGAUAACGAGUGGCCAGAUGAUGACAUCGAAAAUGAAACAAUUUGUUUGACAGAAAAUGAUUUCACUGAUCCUCUACCAAGACCGCCUCGAAAGGGUGAAUUUGUUUUAGUAGAGUUUUCUACUAAGAAGCAAAAAGUUUUUUACAUUGGCAAAGUGCUAGAAAGCAGAAAUCAUAAUCUUGACUAUUACAUUAGCUAUCUGCGUAAGAAGGCCCAUGGUAAAUAUGCCAUGCCUAAUAAUCCUGAUUUGUCGAUUGCAAAAGAGCGCGAUAUUAAAUAUAUAUUGCCAAAACCCACUUUUGGAGGCAGCACCAUGAGACAGCAAUCUUAUUAUUGCUUCCCAAUCGAUUUUUCGAACCUGAAUGUUCAUUAA